AUGAGCAAGAGCAAUGAGGACUCUGCAUCAAAGUCCACAGCUCCACAAGACACUGAGAAUAAUCAAACAACAAGCACUUUCAAUUCCAAACAAGAGAACUCAACAAAUCAUAACAAUAUUGCUGGUCCUCCCUCAAUGUCAAUUUCCACACCUUCAACAUCUCCCACAAACAUGGUUCGAAAUCCGUCUGGAUUCUCUCUCAUCGGGUCAUCGGAGUUGGAUGGCAUCACACAAGGCAGUCCAAAGAAGCCAAGGAGCACUGAGUUUAUGCAGUCACCAAAUAGUAGUGUCCCGUGUAUGAAUAUGGAUCACAAGGCUCAAGAGGUAAACAAUGAGCAAGUUUCUAUGAAAUUUGGGGAUGAGAGGCAGGGCAGAGAUGGGUACUCAUUCAUGGGAGGUCAGACCAAUUUUAUUGGAAGUUUUGGACAAUACCCAAUUGGUGAAAUUGGCAGGUUUGAUGCUGACCAAUUCACACCAAGGUUCUCAGGCAAUGGUGUUUCUCUCACUCUUGGCCUUCCUCACUGUGAAAACCUCUCCUUGUCUGGAGCUCAUCACCACCAAAACUUUCUCCCUAACCAAAACAUUCAACUUGGGAGAAGAGUGGACAUUGGUGAGGCAAAUGAUCAAUUUGGUACCAUAAACACUUCAGCUCCUCACUCUUCUGCAGCAUUUGAAAACAUCGACAUUCAGAACCGAAAGAGGUUCGUAGCACAAUUGUUGCCAGACUUUGUGGCCUGA